AUGGCCUGGCCGAACCCGUUCUCGCGCCGCACAGAAAACACCAAGACCACAUGGGGUUACACUUUUGAGCUCACAGACAAACAUCCUACACCGGAACAGUGCCAACCUCUCAAACAUUCUUAUGAUGUGAUAGCGGAGCAAGUUCUUGAUCGUCUCAACGAGAUCUCGCCACCUGUCCAAAAGCAACUACCUAGAAACAAAAGCCAGUUCACCAAGGUUGUACCGAAUGAAUUGAAGACGGAUGAGAGCGAUGCUUCGUCGCCGAAGGUGCCUGCAAGGGAUUUAUAUGCCAUUCUAAAGGAAAAUGCGGGAUCAGAUGAGUUACUCCAAACUUUCUGGAAGGAGAUCAAUACAGUUCCGGAAUGGGUAGACUGGGAGCAGUUGCAGAGAGGUCAAGAUGUCUUUUAUCGAUACGGAGGCGCCUGUCUCACUGGUCUGGCCUAUCAAAGCUUGCUGGGAGGUAUGGGUGCCGCUCGAGUUGUAGAAACGCUCGCGAGAACAGGAGGUUUCUCAACCAAGGUUGCGAGAGGAAGACUCUUCGAGACGACUCAGCACAUAUUACAAUGUACUAAGUCUUUGGAAUCGAUGCAACCAGGAGGCGAUGGCUUUGCAUCGACCAUCCGGGUUCGAUUGCUGCACGCAGCUGUUCGUCAACGCAUCAUGAAACUGCGAGAAACCAAACCAGAGUACUACGACGUAGAGGCGUGGGGGAUCCCGAUCAACGAUCUUGACAAUCUUGCGACGAUUGCUACAUUCUCCGCGAUUCUCAUGUUCGUAUCUCUACCCAGACAAGGCAUAUACCCGCGGAAGCAGGAGAUUGUCGAUUACCUGGCGUUGUGGAGAUAUAUUGGCCAUGUCAUUGGGUGUCCAGAUGGUCUGCUUGAUACGCCAGAGAAGUCCAGGCGAUUAAUGGAGUCUCUUCUGCUUUAUGAGAUUCAGCCUACGGAGACUUCCAAGGUACUGGCGAACAACAUUAUCAAAUCCCUGGAAGGUCAGCCACCGGGAUACACGUCUGCAGAAUUUCUCAUUGCAUCUGCGAGAUGGCUCAACGGGAACGAGCUCUGCGACGAACUCGGCCUCAUGCGACCCGGCGUAUACUACUGGAUGCUCAUGGCUGGCCAAUGCAUCUUCUUCGCUUUCUGGUCAUACACCUACAGAAGCAUACCUUAUCUGGAUCGACAAAAGAUUGACAUGCUCAAGAAAGUCUUUUACGCCAUCAUUGUGAAAUCAGAUUUCGGGUUGAAAGGAACAGAAACGACUUUUGCUUUCAAGUAUAUCCCCGAGUACAGCACGAUCACGGAAAUGAGCGACAGCGAUGAAAAGAAGACGAAGCACUACUCAGUCGAGACCCGGAACCUCAAGACUCUAGGCGUGGCUUUUGUGGGUUUGACUGUCGGGACGUGCAUUGUCGUCAGCAUAGCGAAUAAGAUGUUGAGAUGGUGGUAG